UUUUACUUUUUUGGUCCCCAAUCUAUUUCCGCGGUGCCGUUUUGGUCCCCAAUAUACCAAUUGCUAACAUUGCAUCCCCAAAGUAUCGAUUUUGUGUUUAAAUGGUCCCUGGGUCUCACACCGUUUCUUACUUCCGUCAAAACCAAGGGUAAACUUGGUUUUUCACCACCCCCAUCACCAUGGAGGGAAAACUCCCGCCAAACCAGCUCUGUGCCCUGAAAUAUAAGUACAUAACCUGCCAUUGGAAAGGUAAAAACAGAGCACACCCAAAAGGAGAGAAAAAACACAAAGAAGAAGAGAUGGAGGGCCAGUUCUGCUACUGUGGGAAGGUCGGGAAGACCACAACCUCUUGGACAGACUCCAACCCAGGAAGGAGGUUUAUUGGUUGUGAGAGAUAUGGGAAAGAUGGUGCAUGUGGCUUCUUCGUGUGGGUUGACCCCCCUAUGUGUGCUAGAUCAAGAGUGGUGAUUCCAGGACUCCUCAGGUCUAUUGGGAGGCUUGAAGCUUAGCUAAGGAGGCAAAACAAGAUGAAGCAGCUUCUGGGGCUGGCCCUUAUUGCUAGUUGGGUUCUAUGGAUCUGUGUCCUGGCUUGGGUGUUGCAGUAGAAGUGAGCUUUUGUCUUUGUACUAGCAAUGGGGUAGUAUUGUGGGGUUAAAUCUUGUAGGGUUUAGGCUUUGGGGUGGUAAAGAAGGGUUUCAUUUUGCUCCAAUGUGGUGAAGUA